AUGCAUUACAGGCACAUCUGCAUUUACAAAAUUUACACUGCGUCCCCUUCGGUGUUGCUUUUCCUUUGUUUUACAACACACCUCAAUCGACCAAAAGCCAAGGCGUGUGAAAGAAUACAAUUACCCUUUCGCACGAACGCAUACCUGGAGGGAACGAUGUCGAGAGUUAUUGUGUUCUGGAGGGAGAGCAAGCGUGGUGGAAUGCGAUACCCAUGGGGCAGCCACCACUUUUCUUGGUGGUGUCUCUUGUUUGGAAAGUUUCUUGGAAAAUCGGGGGUUUCGCGCGAUGAGCAAGAAAUCAUAUGGAUGUUAUUGGUGUAUCAUCCAGCAGCAGCAGUGAACCAGUACCAGAAGCAGCCAGAGAGCGGAGCGGGAUUGCAUUGCAAUUGA